AUGUUCAUAUCGGCUGUUUCAACGAGAAGGACGUUGUUUGGAUGUAGAUUCUACGUAACAAAAGUCAGGGGUGGUAAUAAAAUAUAUGAUAAUGCAAAUGACGCUAUCAAGGAUAUAAGAUCUAGUGCUGUAUAUCUCAGUGGUGGGUUUGGAUUGUGCGGUGUACCAACAACGCUGCUAAAUGCAAUCGAUAAACGUGAUGAUAUAAAAUCUAUUACAGCAGUAUCUAACAACCCGGGUGUUGGUGAUAAAGGUCUCGCUAAGUUACUCAACAAGGAAGGAAAAGUUGAGCGUCUGAUUUGUAGUUAUCUGGGUAACAAUAAGACACUAGAAGGCUACUAUCGUAGUGGUAGAAUAGCUGUAGAACUCACUCCACAAGGUAACAUCGCAGAGAGAGUUUCAGCAGCUGCGCGUGGUAUACCUGCAUUCUAUACCCCUACUGGUUAUGGUACUGCUAUAGAAUCUGGAGAGCUUGUCACUCAAUAUGACGCAAACUCGAAACCAAUUGCUUAUCAACAAAAACGUGAGGUUAGAAUGUUUAAUGGACGUGGUCAUAUUUUAGAAACAUCACUCAAAGCUGACUAUGCACUCAUACGAGCAAAGUAUGCAGACAAGAAUGGUAAUCUCGUUUUCAACAAUUCUGCUCAUAAUUUCAAUGCUGUUUUCGCCAAAGCUGCCGAUAUUACAAUCGUAGAAGCUGAGAAUAUAGUCAAUGUGGGCGAUAUACCACCAAACGAGAUACACGUUCCGGGUAUCUACGUUGAUAGAAUAUGUCCAACUGAAACUGAAACUGAUAUUGAGAUACUCAAGACAAGUGAUAGUGAUGAACUUACAGGUGGAAUUCGUGAUAAAAUCGCCAAAAGAGCUGCAAGGGAAUUGCAAGAUGGAUAUUAUUGUAACCUCGGAGUUGGUAUACCCGGUCGCGUACCAGAAUUCAUAGAAAAAUCUAAGAAGGUUUAUAUACAAUCAGAAAAUGGAAUAUUAGGUGUAGGAUCAUACCCUCAGUCUAAUAACGUUGAUCCUGAUAUCAUAAAUGCUAGUAAAGAGACUGUUACACUCUUACCAGGUGCAUCCUCCUUCGGGAGUGAGGAGAGUUUCGGAAUGAUCAGAAGUGGAAAGAUCGAUGUAUCCCUAUUGGGUGCAUUUCAAGUAUCUCAGACAGGAGAUCUUGCUAAUUUUAUGAUACCCGGCAAACUAAUGAAAGGAAUGGGAGGCGCUAUGGAUCUAGUUAGCAACCCACAAUCCACAAAAGUCAUUAUAUUGAUGGAGCAUUGUGAUAAAUAUGGUAAAUCGAAAAUAUUAAAAACAUGUGACCUCCCACUUACUGGAAAGGAGUGCGUAUCACAAAUUAUCACUGAUCUGGCUGUUUUUCAAAUCAACAAGCAAACUGGUAGGUUGCUCCUUACAGAUAUAGCUGAAGGUGUCACACUUGACCAUAUAAAACUUAACACUGAAGCUGAAUUCGACAUUAAUGAAAAUAUUGGUUCAUUUUAGUGUGAAUGUAAAAUUACAUAUCAAUACAAAAAAUACAAAGUGAAUACAAUCAGACGUUAGAUCUAAUCCUUGAUCUUGUAAUGUUGUCUUAUGAAAAAAUACAGAAUAAUUUGAUAAUUAUUGUAGAAGGAAGUUGAAAAAAUAUUACCAAGAAAGUUUAAAUAUUAAUGAAGAUCAGCAAUCAGUUUGAAUUGUAGAAAAUCUCCUUUAUCUCGAUUAAUCCAUGUUGAUGAACAUUGUAAAUAUCAUUUCCCCAAGCAUUUUUUGACGCCGAGGAAGCUUUAUAUUUAGACUUUGUAAUAGGAGAGUGAUGAUCAACCGAUCCAGGAUGGGAUUGUACAUUAGUGAAAAAAUUGAUUGAUGGUUUGUCAAUUUUAUUUUCAAGAACUUCUUGUGACAUAUUUAGAUUGUGAUUUUCAAAGUUACUAUUGUUUCCAAAGUUUUCAGGUAGAGAAGCCAAUUGAGCGGCCUUUUGUGCAGCUUUCUGAAGUUCUUCACUAUUAUUUCCGUUCGCAAAUGGAAAGCACUUAUAACAAU